AAGUGUUAUCUCUAACUGGAAGGUCAAAAAACAAGCGUCUGGAAAGUAAAAGGCGCUGAAUUUUUAAAGAAUUUAAGAAAAGCAAGCAAAAUAAGUUAUAACAUGGCUAUAAUCGUGGCUGAAUCGGCUUACGAAAAGCGGGUAAGGGCUAUGUACGAGAAACAAAUACGUAUGGAGGCCCGUGAGGCUAGCGUCAUCAAGAAAGUCUCGAAAUUUAACAGCAAUUUGUUGGAUGCCAAGGAGGCAGUGGUUCGCCAUCACCAAAAAGUGGGAAAGUUUGAAAAAGUUAAAAUUCAGCGCCGCGAGGAGAUGGAAAAGCGUGCUUCCUUCUUAGAGGAUCUUGCUCAGAAACUGGAAGCCACCAAACAGAGGAACUUAGUGAUGAAGGAACAGAUAAAACAGCUGAAAAUGUUGGACAGACAGCGCAAAAACGAAAUCAUGGAGAGCAUUCACACGCUGUCGAAGACGACAGGGACCUAUAUAAACCAGCAAGCGCUGCCGGCCCGUGUGAAAGGUGUCACUGUACUGCGUGAAGAUAAUGGCGACCAGUUGAUACCCUUUGAUCUGAAGGCAACCGAUGUGGAAGGACUGGAGUCCCUUUGUCAGCAUCUUCAAAGCCUAAAUGUCGACGUAGUCCAGUGGCGGCAGCUAGUCUCGCUGGCCACGGAAAUAGCUACGGAUCCACAUGCUUCAACUACGCCGCCCAAGGAGAGCGCCAAGUGCAAGUCCAUAAUUGAUCUCACCUCGCCGACGAGUCAGAACUGACUUCCGAUUUGCCUGGUUAAGCUCCAUUGCCAUUAUAGCACUUCAAAUCGGCGUUUUAAAUACUUGGCGACAAAAUAAUAGCAUAGUUUAUUCUAAUUGCUAUUUAAGUUAUCGUGUUAACCACAGUUUUUAAUAUUAAUUAUUCUACGAUAAGACUCAUUAAAAAAUAUAUUAAAAAACCCCGUGGAAAUAAGUGUUAAGGAAAGGCAGAUUAUUCACUACAAAAACAUAUUCUCUUCAAUGCCGAUUUCUUAAAUGAUUAAGAUCUUAUUCGAUACAUUUUAAGAUCAGCUUAGCAUUUUAAAUGUUAGUCCACUACCGGAUGUUUAAAAUAUUAUUUUUGGAGACGUCGCCAUUAGGUCAAAGCCAAUAGGAGAUGUCUCGAAUCACUCCAUCGUCUCCCAGAAAUAAGCAUAUUCAAAACCAGUUAUUGAAUGAACGAGGUAUAAGUUAGUUUACAACGUAUAAAAACUGAUUACAACGAAAAAAGAAUUCAUCUAAUAAACUAAUUCUUAAAAUCAUUUUAGAAA